AUGAAGUUGCUCAUCGUUUUGGGUGUUGUUAUUGGAACAACUCUCUGUCUUCCCUUUGAUGUCGUCUCUUCAGUCGUCGCUCGUGAUCAAAGUGGUGCUUCAAAUGACGAAAUCUUGAAGCCAGUUCAACCAGAGAAGAAAGACGAUCAAUGUGGAGAGAUCACAAGCCCACUUCUUCAAAUGAGACUUCAAAUUCGAUCAAAGAUUCGCAAAAUUCGCGCUUCGCAAAUGAAACCAGAACAAGCAAACACCGUUCAAUGUCAAUUGUGUCUUGAUCUCGUCGACAUUGCGAAGACUUAUGAAGAGUGUGAUGAGGCUAAAGUCGAGCACAAGAUGGAAUCUGAAUGCGACAAGGAUUUCAAGGCUGAUUCAGCUGGUGACAAGGCUUGUCGAGGACUUGUUGAUGGAAUCAUGGAAGAUAUGAUUGACAAAACCGAAGAUCAAAGCGCGCCAGCAAUUUGCUCGAAACGUCUUGGCCAUGAUUGCAAAUAU